AGAUCUUUGUUCGUCACAGUCAAAUAUACUUACCAAAUUGUAGCUCCCUGUGCAUAGCGUAUUGUUUUAGAGCUAACUUUAGGUUGUUGGCAUAAAUCACUGGAACAUGCAUCUAUUUAAUGUCCAUUAGAUAAAGCGCUUAUUUAAACAUCUGCAAAGAACCGCUGGGGCCGAACAUUGUAGACAACAGGAAGGAUCUCGUCCAGCUAGCUAAAAGCGCAACUUCAGUGUGGCUGUGGGAGCAAGUGAAGGCAGUCUCCUUGUCCAGGACUGUCGCCAGAAAUGAAGAGCCAACAAAAAAGCCCUGAUACAGAUGGGAGUACUACUGUUAACGAAGAAGGCUCAGUGGCCACUGCAGAAGAUCCAGCCGCUAUUGCAGCCAUUCAGUCUGCCUCCACAUUCACGGAUCAACCCAUCAAAUACUUAUUCAAGACAGAAGGAGGUGUUGGACAAGUGACCUACAGAGUGAUCCAGGUGUCCGACGGCCAGUUAGAGGGUCAAACAGAUGGAGGUGCAGCAGUGAGUCUCGUCACCGGUUUCCCUGCAACCACACAGGCAGUCACACAGGCUGUGUUCUCCCAGUCUGAAGGCCUUGAGGGAGAUAGCACCACUGAGACACAGUACACGUAUUACCCUGCCACCAUUGCUGACGCCACAGCAGGGACCAUGGUGACAACAGUGCAAGCAUCUGACACUCUUCUCAGCCAGACUACACCUACAGGGCAGCUCUAUGUGAUGAUGUCACCCCAGGAGGUUUUGACAGGCUCCAGUCAAAGGACAAUCGCACCUCGCACUCAACCAUACAUAGCAAAACAAGAAGCUCCACGGGGUUCCAGGGAUGAAAAACGGCGUGCACAGCACAACGAAGUUGAGCGCAGACGUCGGGACAAAAUCAAUAACUGGAUUGUGCAGCUGUCGAAGACGAUACCAGACUGCAACAUUGAUUAUACCAAGACGGGACAGAGCAAAGGGGGAAUUUUGUCCAAAGCUUGUGAUUACAUCAAGGAACUCCGACAGAGCAAUCUGAAGUUGGGGGAAGAUCUCGGCACACUUGAUCGACUUAGGAUUGACAAUCAGCUUCUCCGACAAGAGGACUCGAAAUUUGAAGGCAUCAUGUGAAAAGGCACGCCAGCAUUUCUAGUGUGAUGUAGAAGACUGGAAAUCCAAGAAUCAGAUCCUAAGGAAUGUGCUACGUCAGCAUGGCAUUGUGGGAUCAUCCAGUGCGGACCCGCAGUAAAAAGCCUUUGAGGAGCAGCUUUUGAAGACAACUCGCACACGGGCCAAAACAGUACUUGAAAUGCUUUGACUGAGACAUGUGAGGCUUGUCAAGUGUGCAUGAUACAUAAGGAAAUAAUUGAAUAUUGUCCUAAAUAUUCAACCCGCUGUCCGAAAAUGACACAUUUAAUGUUUUUAAGGUUUUAAAAGUACUUAUUUUAUGCCAAACUUUAUUGCAUUUAAAAGCGAUGAACUGGUCAUUGAAUACUUUCCUCUUAUAGCUAUUAGCUCCAGUCACUGUAGAACGCUCCAGGUGAUGACCAGUUUAAGGCUUUUUCACACUGCACUUUGCAACACGGUGUCGAAAAACUUAUUUAUUGUGACUGAAUGUCGCAUCGCACAAGGUGGGUGGGUGCCUGCUGAUGUAACCCCAAUGCCACUCUGAAAUUGAAAAAUCAAAGCCUGGCAUAGUGAUAUCCAUGUGGUAACAGCAGUACAUCAGCAGGAAAAGCCUCGCUGUUUCUUUCUAGUACGGUACACAAGCACUUACAAACACGGACAAGCGUGCAGUAGUUCUUGCGCACUACCCCAUUGCGAAGAAGAAACCAAGUGCAGCGUGAAAAGGCCAAAAUGCGACGUUUACAUUAUGUUCCCGUGGCGACAGUGACGGUUUAUAUGGCAAUAUGGAAGGUUGCAAUUUGUUUGAUACGCCACAUGGCCGGGGAGUUGAAUUUCAAUCAGCCUUGUUCACAAAUAUUCUCCAAAGUUUUCCAUGUGUCUUCUGUAGAAAACCUGAGCAGAAUGUAAAAGAUGGGAGACCUUGAUCAGAAUGUGAAAACCAUGAGGAUAGGGGAUAUCCGGGACUGCCAUCUGUGUUAGACAGCGGGCUGAACUGCUGUGCGUCUUUUGGACUCUUGGACUUGGCAACUUCUUCUACCCAUGGCCCUACGUCAUGGUUGCUGUGCUCAGCUGUGAGAAAACUUGAUGGAGGAAAAAAUGGACACAAUUCCAUGCUCUCCUAUGUUUCAGGCAAAUCCAGCUGCACUUGAUGCUGAGAACAUAGUGUAAACGUAGUAUAACUUCUUGUUGCUCCUGUUUUCUUAAUUUGCGUGGUUUACUGUCUCCAACUAUUGUACAUGUGUAUUUUAUCCAUAGUUUAUAUUCCCUUUUGCUUUGUAUUAUUUGUAUUAAUCUUUUCCCAUGCCAUUUUAUUUAGCCUCACCUUGGAUUUUAAGUACAUUGUAACAAUGUAACAGAAAACAUAUAUCUGAGGGCAGUUAAAUCUUGAUCAUGUAGGUGGGCAACAAAUAAUGUGUACUGUUAUGUUACUUUAACUUUUGUGCAUUAAAGUUGCUUUCUAAAUCAAUUCCACAUCCAGUACUAUAUUUAGAAUUUUUCUUUUGUAGAUGUGGUGGCGGAAGGUAAAGAACUUUACUCGUAGACUUGUAUUAGAGGCCUGAGAUGGGUGAGAUAGUUAAAAAUCUUUGUACCCUGUUUGGAAUCUUAGUUUCAUUAAAGUUAUAAUUUCCAACCCAA